AUGGAUACGCUACGCGCCCACGCCGACGCCGUGCGCGCCGCUGUCACGUCCGCCUCGACCUGCGAGCCCGUCACCGUCAUCCUCAUAAAGACCCUGCUGCUCCCCAAAGACGAACAGUUACCUACCGCCCCGAUAGCCGCCAAGCCGCCCCCCAAAACAUCGAGGCAGCGAGCGAAUACGGCGUCGGCGACGGAUGCGAGACGGAUAGCUAAGUUAGCCGCGUCGGAACAACAACAUGUUCUCUCUGCGAAGGAGCGGGCAGCUCUCGCGACCGAUGUCGUGAAUGCCACCCUCAAGGCGCUGGGCGGCGCAUCGAGGGCCUCUCCGCCUCCUCCCCAGUCCCCGAUCCGUCAGUCCCCGCCGCACGAGGGUGAAUCAGCCAAGACGGCCACGCGCAACGCCCUUCGCCGCUCCAGUUCCGCGCCCAUGACCCCCCUACGCUCCCAGCCGCUCAACCGCCAGUCCUCGUCGCCCGUGGCCACAAGACAUGCCCGGUCGCCGUCCAAAUCCGGUUCUAGGAGUGCGGCCGCCAAUAUUGUUGCUCUUGCCGAGUGUGCCCGCAUAGCCUUCACAGCGAUGCGCCUCCUCAGCGACGCCGGCGACCUCAAGCUCAAGCCCCUCCAACUGGAGGCCGGUAUGUCGACACUGGUGGGAAAGCUAGUCUCGCUGGAGCUGCACGACCAGGCCAUCAAGGAGCUAAGGAUAUUGAAAAAGAGACUGGAGACAUCGGCAGGAUCCGCGGCAAAGAAGCCGACAAAGAUAUCGACAUCGAGCGUCGAUACUAAGAACGCCGCCCCCCAGGUCGUGGCCGAUCUUCUCGACUUUGGCCAGCCCAAGGCUUCAGGAGCCUUGCUCUCACUAAUAAUCACAACGCAGAUACAGGUCCUGCGAAUAAUAUCCCUGACGAAGAGGCCGACUUGGGUCGAGGCGGUCAUCCCGUGUCUCCAAAAUGAAAACAUAGCAUCGCCAACAAAUCUCCUCUUUGUCUCGGCGAGUGAGAAGGAUGCCGACGUUGGCAGAAUUGCGCGCCAGUUGGAGGUUGUAGCCCAAUGCCUCUUUGUGCUGGUGCCGGUCAUGGCCAUCAAAGGCGAGAAUCAACCGGCAGACGGGCGAGCUGGCGCAAGCACCAACCUUACCACGCCAGAUCUUGACCUCGUUGCGCUGGGUCUGGAGACUCGGCUGCAUUGGUGGCGCUUGGCAAAGCACAAAGGAGACGUCGACAGGGAAAUCAUUGCCCCGCUGUCGCGAUGCCUGGGCGUUUACAUCGCACGGAGCCGGCACUCGAAACGGUCUUUCUACCCGGCCUGCCUCGACGUUUUCAACGGUAUCUACCUACAGAUUCAGGGUCAAAAACUAAAACCCUCAACGUCGAGGGGAUCAAAGUCACCCCUAGCUUUGCUCUAUCAGACCCUGACAACGAUGGCCCGCGAGUGUGUAAACUUUGCCGACGCCGUAUCGUGGGCCACCAAGCUCUGCGACCUCGUAGACUCUAACGUGGACUCGGCGGCUCGAUCCAGCUCCCUCGCAGCGCAGCUACUGUCGAUCCAGCUGAAAGACCCUGCCCUGUUUCUGCAAAACGACCAGCUGCUCAACGACGUUGUUGCCAGCAUCCAGGGACCGCUACGGGGAGAGACGGCCGAGUUGGAUGAGCUCAUAACCAAUGUUUGCUCGGUCCGACGAUCGGCAAUGCAAUUUCUGGUUGGUCUGGACAACGGGGAGAACGCCGGGGUUCUUUCGACCGUGCCAACAGCAAGAGAGCUCACCGAGACCUUUAUCCUUCAGUGUCCGCGCUUCUGUCUGCGCUGGCUCGGCAAGCCCCCCGGCCCCAAGAGCAGCACCAAGGAUUACCUUCGAUACGAACAGCGGCGGCAGCUCUUGCUGCAGUCCAUCCAGCACACCAUCGACUCGUCGUUUUGGAUGAUUAGGCUACGCCUAGACCAAGGCCGUCUUUCGUGGGACCUGAUGGAGGCCAUACUCGGCGACGUCACGGCCCUCCUCGAAUAUGUCGGGAAACUGGCUGCCCCUGACUCCGAGACGUGCUACCAUGUCAAGAUCUCGCAUUUCUAUUAUCGCCAGUAUUUUUUCUUGAAGCAGCAGACAACUGACCCAAAGGAUCCCGCUCCGCUGCGUGCUCUGCGUCGCUCCAUCGAUUGCGUCAAGAAUCAAUCAAGCGACGAGAAGGGGAAGGCGCAGCUCAUGCUGAAGCUUGAAAUGAUGGCAGAGCUCUGCCGGACACUCGGGAGACAAACUGAGUCCUUAGGCGCGCUCCAGGCCAUCAGGACGAGCUUGGUCGAGGACGGCAUUCUCCAGGCGAUUGCAGGCGCUCUUACGAGCGCCCCACCCAAAACUGCCUGGACCCGUGGUGAAAAGGCAGAAGCUCUCUCCCGCGUGCUGUCUGCGAUUUCGAAGACGGAAGAGACGCGGGAGGAUUGGACGGGUCACUUGCCCGAGGAGCAGCAGGCCGCUGUCCUGGAGCACCGGCUGCACUUUGUCCUGCUCGGAAGCAGCAAGGGUAGCGCCGACCUCAGCCUUGAACACCCCACGGUUGAUGCGCUGCUCCGAACAUACAUCCCGACUCGGUUCCCAAUCCGGCGGUUUGGGGUGCUUCUAGCUCUGCUCUGCUCAGCUAUUGGUAAACUUAGCACAUCUUCGGAGCUCCUCGCAGUUGCUAGAGAUGCCUCCCAGCUUGAAGGAGACGGAGAUCUGGGAGAGGACUCGGGCUUGGCUGGAUUCGUCCCCCACAUGAAAGCCUUGUACCACUCGCUGGCCAUGUCUGUCAACGGAUACCGUGACCUGGAUGCAUUCCAGCAGUCCAUAUCGAGCUGGCAGGCGAUGCUCAAAACAUGUCGCGACAAGGCUGAGCUGGAGAGGUGCGUCGACGACGUACCGGGCCUCUUAAAUCACUUGCAGUCGGCAGCAGACUUUCUUCGCAUGAAGGGACAGGAUACGGUGCUCGCCAUGGUCCUCGAGCUUGCUGCCGACAUCACCAAGGUGGCUGAAGGGCCGCGGGCAGAAGACUUUAUCCACCACAACUCGUGCUUGGCGCUGCAGUACACCAAUCUUGGCCAGUCCUCAAAAGCGGAGCAGAUAUUUCUGGUUGCCGAAGAAUUUAUGGGGAAACAGGUCCAGUUGCAGGGUGAAGCCGUGGCCUGUUUUCAUCUCUCCUUCACGGAGCAUUUCCUUGCCGUUGGCAAUUUUAAGAAAGCUGAAGAGCACCUUCUCCAAGCCCAGCUCGCCUUCAGCGCCAACACCUCGCUCAAGAAGGCGGGUCGCGUCCAUAGACAGCGCCUUGUUGCGCAAGCGUCGUACCUGAAUUCGCUAGUGGCUCUUGAGCGAGGUGACUCGCACCAUGCUCUGGUCUAUUCGAGGGAGAGCGUCCGAAGCAUGUACCAUGAGUGGACGCGACUCGAGGCUCAACUGGCUGCUAAAAGCCCGAUAGAGCCAAGCACAGCCGACAAUACCACCCUCAGCCUGUCGGUGGCAGACACGGUGGAAGACACACAGCAGCAGACCCCGGGGCCCGAGUUUUGGGUCCUGUUCCAUUCUCUGUACCGGAACGUGCUCCGGCUGUCUGCCGUCUAUGCUCACUUAGGCAUGUUUCAAGAAACCAUGUACUAUGCUGAGCAGGCGGGAAAGCUGGCGAAGAGCGUCAAUACCGAAUUCUACAUGGCGGAUUGUGCUGCGUGGAUGGGCUCGGUCUAUGCUAGGGCUGCUGAUUCCACCAAGUCUUUUGCUAUGCUGGAAGCUGCCGCAGCUCUCCUCCCCGACGGCGACCGCUCGUAUUCCUCCGCGAUGCUUGCUUGCCAGAUUGGCUCCAUGUACUUGGAGCUCGACAACUUAGAAGGAGCGCACGUCAUGAUCGCAAAGGCCGAGGCCAUCAUGAAUCAUCUGGUGGCUACGGCCGCGCCAGGGCAGGCGUCCAACAUGGCGGUUCUUGGGGACAAGAUUGCAAAGCUGAAGACUGAACAAAAGCCAGCAGCAGCCACACGGAGAACUGUACGACAAGCCCCAGUGAAGAAGACUGCCAGGGCGCCUGCCACCGCAAAAUCGCGCGUCGUCUCCCCGGCCGCUCAACAAGUGGCGGCCACGGAAGACUCUCAGCUUGCCAAGCUUCGGGCGUCAAUCCUUGUGCAAAAGGCGACGUCUAGACUGGGCAAAAAGGAGUGGACAGCAGCUAUUACGGUGCUCAAGGAAGCCAGUGAAGCAUCAAGACGCCCAGACCUUCUUUCAGUCGAACAGGUGGCAAUGGCGACUUGUCUUGUGGGCAUGAGCAUGGAGCAGAUGGCUCACGACCCUGUCUUCUCCGUCAUCCACGAUUCCACCAUCUCGUUCCCUGCUGUUUCAGGCAUGGCAAGUGACAAGGGCACACCGGAACGUCACUCGGUGGCAAAGAUGUCGCCCCCUAGGAAGACACGCAACGGCGCUGCGGUGGCUCAACGAGAGAGCCCCAAGGACGCAUCCUCUCGGGCAUACGUGGAGACUCUGAGAGAGGCUCAGGAGUAUCUCCUCGAGGCUCACGCCGUGGCGACACUCAGCGGCGACUCCAGCUUGGUGCACAGGAUAUCGGGGAUGCUGCAAAACGUCGGCCUCUUCCUCGCGGCGACUUCGGCCAGAGCCAGAGUAGCCUCCCACUCUGUCCACGCGUGGUAUUCGGUCGAGUUGGCCAGGAAUCUGAUCUGGCGCCGAGAGCGCAAGGCGCUCGUGAUGGAGAAGAACGCGCCCAGGCACGACACUCUGGAGUGGCCGUCAGCCCUGGGCGCCGUAGGCCCCAAGCGGACCAGUCUGGGAUUCUCGCUCGACCUGCACAAGUUCCAGAGGGACUACGUCGACAUCAUACCCAAGCCGUGGAGCGUGAUUUCCAUGUCGCUCAGCGACAACAAGCACGACCUCUGCAUCACCAAGCUCCAGGCCGGCCAGAGCCCCUUUGUCAUCCGCCUGCCGCUCGAGCGAGCCAGCUCGCGCGACGCGGACAACGAGGUGUUCAACUUUCAGCAAGGCCGCGCCGAGCUGAUGGAUAUUAUCAGCCAGGCCAACGAGACGUGCCACCAUGCGGGCGACAUGAGCGCCAAGGGCGCAAAGACUGCCUGGUGGGCACAGCGGGAGGAGCUAGAUGUGCGGUUGAGGGAGCUAUUGGAAAACAUUGAGCAGAUCUGGCUCGGCGGAUUUAGGGGCAUUUUCUCUCAGCAUACCCGGCGCGCCGAUCUCCUGGCUAGAUUCCAGAAGAACUUUCUCGCCAUCAUGGACAAGCAUCUCCCUUCGCGGCAGCAGGUUCGCGGCAAGAAGACCAAGGCGACCCAGUGUCCCAAGGUGACGCUUGACUCGCGGAUUUUGGAGUUGUUCAUUGGCCUCGGCGACGCCUCUGUUCCGGACUGCGACUUUGAGGACGAGCUGACAGACCUCCUCUACUUUGUCGUCGAUAUUCUGCAGUUCCACGGUGAGAGGAAUGCGUACGACGAGAUCGAUUUCGACUCGAUGGUAGUGGACACGUUUGACGCCCUACACUCCUACCACGCGUCUGCGACUAGAAAUGCAGACGGCUACAAGGCAGAUGCAGGCGCUCACACAAUUCUGAUGCUGGACAAGGCGCUCCAUGCCUUCCCCUGGGAAUCGCUGCCCUGCCUCCACAACCUGGGCAUCUCGCGCGUGCCCUCGCUGGCCUGCCUCCGCCGCCUCAUCCUAGAGCAGCGAGUGGCAGCCGGCGCUGCUUCAACAGCCUCCCACGAAGCAGACGAAGCAGCCCGUCCCUCUCCCGAAGCUGGCGGCCACCACGUCUCCAAGACAUCCGGCACUUGCAUUCUCAACCCCUCGUCGGAUCUCAAGACGACCGAGGCGACGUUUGGGAAGCCUCUGAUGGCGCACCUGCCGGUGCCCUCGUGGCGCCACAUUGUCGGGCGCGUGCCGACUGAGGACGAGUUCGAGCUCGCGCUGUCGCAGUCGGACCUGCUCCUCUACUUUGGCCACGGCAGCGGCGCGCAGUACAUCCGCGCGCGCACGAUCCGGCGCCUCGACCGCUGCCGCGCCACGGUGCUACUCAUGGGCUGCAGCAGCGCCCGCCUCGCCGACGCCGGCGAGUUCGAGGUCUACGGCCCCGCCUGGAACUACAUGAUGGCCGGCUGCCCCGCCGUCGUCGGCACUCUGUGGGACGUCACCGACCGCGACAUUGACCGCUUCGCCGCCCGCCUGCUCGAGGAGUGGGGCCUCGCCCCCGCCGGCACUUUUGCCGCCAAGGACAAGGAGAAGUGGCGGGCCGGCCAGGGCAGGUGCACCCCGCCACCCACAAGGCGUCCCGUGCCCGUCGCCGGCGCCGGCGUCGGCGGCAAGGUGUCCCUUGUCGAGGCCGUCGCCAGGGCCAGGGACGCCUGCCGCUUCAGAUAUGUCACGGCGGCGGCCGUCGCUGUCUACGGCAUCCCCGUCUAUGUGGAGAGCUGA